CACAAUAUUCGGUUGAAAUAACAUAAAACAAUGGCAACUAGCCUUCUGAAGGACCGUCCUCUGUACGAGCAACUGUGCAAAGAUUAUCUUAAUUUGAAAAUCAUCGUUGGAAAUUGCUGUGUAAAUCAACCGGAACUAGUACCGAAAUACAAAGAUGUUUUGAAGCAUGACGUUAAUUCCGUUAGAAAGAUGAGUCAAGUUGCAGGAGCGGAUGAUCUGUUCCUCCUGUUGGAGAGGAGAAACUUGAUGAGUAUGAUAAAAGUGCAGUUAAUGAUAAAGUUAGAUCCCGUUACGGAGGAUGUAGAAUUUUCGAAAUAUUUGGAAAAGUAUCGACAUGCUUUGAAGCAACAUUUUGCUACAAUUAGACGGUUUUAUCUGGAAGAUCUUCGCCAUCGUGACCGACGAACGCUUUUAGAGAAGGAAAUCGAGCAAGCUAAACUUGGCGCAUCGGAAGAAGAACCAACCAAGGAUGAAACGACGGUUAAAAAAGACACGCAACUUCGUAUGCCUAGCUCGGAUCACACUUCGGCAAAUCAGUAUUCGCGCCACCGGCAGAGCAUAUUUAAUCUAUUAACUAAGGAAAUUGUUCGCAAUUGGAGUACGUUUGGACGGUUCAUGCAACUGAGCGACAGUAGCCUAGAGGAGAUUGAAUUCCGUCAUCCUAGAAAUGUGAAAGCAAUAGUCGGCGAUAUCCUGGAGACGGCCGAAAGGGAGCAGAACGAGAAUGGACGGGAGUUCGUGGGUGCACUGCUGGAGGCUUUGGUAGAAUUUAGGCGAAAAGAUUUGAAAAUUAAAAUUGAAAAGAUGCUGAGAUGACAAACAUUAUUGUGC